GUGGCGUGUUACCCUGUGUCGUUACACCACAGUGACAAAUCAAGUGCAUUUUUAAUUGCUUUUAACAAAGAGAUAACAGUGAGAAAAAUAAAUUCGGUAAAAACCAGUUGAUUAUCUAUUCGUGUCGGUAGCAACGAAAAAGUGAUCCCAACAAGCGAGAAAAGCUAUUUCUUUAGCUGGCGAUCGUUCACAAGAAGCUGAUUCAGAACAUUUUGGAGAAAGACCACUGAAACACGCCGGUGGGCAGAGUACAUAACAACGACACGGUGUCUAGUGUGUGGCGUGACGCGUGGAGGAGUGAAGUUAUCAAUUUCAUGAAACGGGAGAGUGUUAAAGAAGGAGAGUAAACAGAAAGAGAGUGAGUGAGAGGAACAUUCCCCUCUUUCGGAAGUAAAUAAGUACAAGUCAAUUCCAUGAAGAAGGUUUAGUUUGAAGCCGUGCUUCAACGCGUUCAGAUCGUUCAUCUAGAAGGAGCAGAAAUCUCACAGAUCAACGGAUUAUCCCUUGACAACCGCACCCAGCUUCCUCCAGCUGACUAAGGUAAAAGUGUGUGUGUGAUAAUUCAUCCUAGUGAUUUCGAAAAAAAAAAGAGCAAAGAAGUGAUCGAAACAAAAACAAGUGAUAACAGAGUGCAACCUAUAGCAGAGUGAAGAUCAAUAACAACCGUUCCUCUGCGCACCCUGAUAAAAAAGUGGUGUGAUCCAGCCGAAGCCAACAGUGUGUGUGAGCGUGUUUAGAAGAGAACCAGUGAGUGUUGGUUUGUGAGAAGUUGAAGAUCCUUCUGAGCUCUGCUGACCGCUCUGAUCUGAACUGUUGCAGUCUGCUGGGUAGUUCAGUAGUCUUCCGGACUUACUAGUGAGAAGGUGUUCAAAUCCUGCAAUAAGCUAGAAAGCUUUUAGGAAGCACAAGGAAUCCAGUGAGAAGUUCAUCAACAAUCGUUUACUGAAUAAACGGCAGGCAGACUAGACGUUGUUCUACGCUUCAAAGUAAGGAAAGAAGGAAGGACAACCUAGCCAACACAGCCACAGUCCAGCGGACCGAGCCGCCAUUCCUUCCCGCGGAAAACGUUCCAAACAAAAGAAAACACGACGCAACAAAAGCGCAACGAUGCCAGCUCGCUUCGAGGACGCCACUACUGACACCCGGCGCGGUGUCCCCAGGGACCUGGGGGGACACUACGAUGGCUGUCAGAUUCGGGAUGACAUUUGCAUCACAGGCUUCUCCGGCCGCCUGCCGGAGAGCUCUAGCAUCGAAGAGUUCAAGCGCAACCUGAUGGAGGGUGUCGAUAUGGUCAACGACGACGAUCGUCGAUGGCCCAAGGGAUUGUACGAUCUCCCAACCAGGAUCGGAAAAAUCAAGGAUGAAGAUCUGCAGAAUUUGGAUGCAGAGUUUUUCAAAAUUCACCAAAAGCAGGCGGAAUGUAUGGAUCCGCAGAUGAGAAUGCUACUCGAGUGUACCUACGAGGCUAUUAUUGAUGCGGGCAUCAAUCCUCAGGAACUCCGCGGUAGCCGCACCGGUGUGUACAUCGGUUGCUCCAAUUCCGAAACCGAACAGCACUGGUGUGCCGAUCCGGACCUGGUGAACGGAUACGGUCUGAUCGGAUGUGCCCGAGCCAUGUUUGCCAACCGGUUGUCCUAUACCUUCGAUUUCAAGGGACCUAGCUAUGCGGUCGAUACCGCCUGUUCGAGUUCGCUGAUCGCUAUGUCCACGGCCUUUGCCGACAUGAAGGCUGGACGCUGCGAUGCAGCCAUCGUUGCCGGAUGUGGCAUCAUUCUGAAGCCAACUAUGUCGCUGCAGUUCAAGAGACUGAACAUGUUGGGUAAGGAAGGUAUGUGCAAGGUGUUUGAUGAAUCAGGAAAUGGAUACGUGAGAUCGGAUGGUUGCGUCGUCACUUUCAUGCAGCGUGCUUCGGACUCACGCCGCAUCUAUGCUAGCGUUCUGAACGUGCGGAUCAACACCGACGGGUACAAGGAGCAGGGUAUAACCUUCCCAAACGGAGCUAUGCAAAAACGUCUGAUUCAGGAGACGUAUGACGAGAUUAAUGUCAAUCCGGCAGAUGUGGUUUACGUUGAGGCUCACGGAACCGGAACAAAGGUUGGUGAUCCACAGGAAGUGAACAACAUUACUGACUUCUUCUGCAAAGAGCGUAAAGCGCCGUUGUUGAUUGGAUCAGUUAAGUCCAACAUGGGACACUCGGAGCCGGCUUCAGGAGUAUGUUCGAUUGCAAAAAUGCUUAUCGCUAUGGAAGCAGGUAUCAUUCCUGGAAAUCUGCAUUUCAAGAACACCAAUCCCGAUCUAUACGGGCUGAUGGAUGGCCGAGUGAAGGUAGUUGACCGUAACUUGCCUUGGAAUGGUGGAAUCGUCGGUCUGAAUUCAUUCGGAUUUGGCGGAGCCAACGCUCACGUGAUCAUGAAAUCCUAUCCCAAACCGAAGCCGGUCAGCCCGAGGGAUGGUUUCCCGAAGUUGGUUCUGGCUUCCGGACGGACAGAGCAAGCUGUUGAAUCAUUUUUGGACGCAGCGGAAAAUAAUAAAGACGACGAGGAAUUUGUCGGACUUGUGAAUGAAGUUCACAGCAAGAAUAUCUCGUUGCAUUAUUACCGUGGUUACACGGUAUUGGGAGAAGGUCAAGCUGUUCGUGAAGUAAACGAUUCUAGCGAUGAUAAGCGACCAAUCUGGUUCAUUUACUCCGGUAUGGGAUCCCAGUGGGCUAGUAUGGCGAAGGAAAUGAUGCAGGUGGAGGUCUUCAACAACAGCAUCCACCGUUGUGCCGAGGCACUCCGUCCGGAAGGUGUCGAUUUGAUCGAUAUCCUGACCAAGAGCGACGAAACACGAUUCGAUAAUAUCCUGAAUUCAUUUAUUUCUAUUGCUGCCGUCCAGGUGGCUUUGACGGACGUGCUUAAUCACCUUGGUAUCAAUCCGGAUGGCAUGGUAGGCCAUUCCGUUGGAGAACUGGGUUGCGCCUAUGCCGAUGGUUGCUUCACCCCGGAGCAAACCGUCCUGGCUGCAUACUGGAGAGGUCGUAGCAUUUUGGAUACGCAGCUCGUUCCCGGUCUGAUGGCAGCCGUUGGUCUCUCCUGGGAGCAAUGCAAGGAGCGCCUACCGAAGGAUAUCAUUGCCGCUUGCCACAAUAGCAGUGACAGCGUGACGAUUUCUGGACCCGUAGAUUCGAUCAACAAAUUCGUUGCGGAACUGAACGCUGAAGGCGUCUUUGCCAAGGCCGUUAAAUCUUCCGGUAUUGCCUUCCACAGCCGCUACAUUGCCGAUGCUGCACCGAAGUUGCGUAAAUCGUUGGACAAAAUCAUUCCCAACCCGAAGAGCCGUUCUCCCCGCUGGAUUAGUACCAGCAUUCCGGAGGAAGCUUGGAAUACACCACUGGCGCAGCAGUCUUCCGCUGCCUAUCAUGUCAACAAUCUGCUCUCUUCAGUGCUUUUCGCCGAAGGACUGCGCCACGUGCCGAGCAAUGCCAUUUGCAUUGAAAUCGCUCCCCAUGGUUUGCUGCAAGCCAUCUUGAAGCGUGCUCUCGGCAAGGAUGCUACCAAUCUGAGUUUGAUGAAGCGCUGUCACGACAAUAACGUAAUCUUCAUGUUGUCCAAUCUUGGAAAAUUGUACGCCGCUGGAGCGCAACCUCAAGUUCAGAAGCUGUACCGCCCGAUUUCGUACCCUGUCGGUCGUGGAACGCCAAUGUUGAACUCGCUCGUCAAGUGGGAUCAUUCGACUAAGUGGUACCUGGCCAGAUUUGGUGUUGAAAACAAAUCCGGUGAAACCGUUAUCGACGUCAACUUGGAAAAACCGGACGAUGCCUAUCUGGCUGGUCACACCAUUGAUGGACGAGUCCUGUUUCCGGCUACCGGGUACCUGACCCUAGCCUGGCGUACCUUUGCCAAAAUACGAGGAUCGGAUAUGGAAAAAACGCCGGUGGUCAUUGAGAACGUCGUUUUCCAUCGGGCCACGAUUCUACCGAAGGACGGUUCGGUCAAAUUCGGAGUUAACUUUUUCGACGGUACGGGAGCUUUCGAGAUUUGCGAGGGUGGAUCGUUGGCUGUGUCUGGAAAGAUCUCCGUCCCGGAGAAUAUUGACAACGCAGAACUACCGCUCUACGAGAUCGACGAAGACAAGUCGGGACUCCCGAUGAACAACGGUGAUGCGUACAAGGAGCUUAGAUUGAGAGGCUAUGAUUAUGGUGGAUUGUUCCGUGGAAUAACGAAAGCUGAUGCAAGCCGUGUCACUGGAGAAUUACAGUGGAAGGAUAACUGGGUUAGCUUCAUGGACACCAUGCUGCAGUUUAGCAUUUUAGGUAAGAACAUGAGGGAUUUGUACUUGCCGACCAGAAUCGAAAAGGUUGUAAUCAACCCGGCAAAACACAUGGACAUGAUGAACAAUAUCAAGUCGAAGGAUCAGGAUGUUCCGGUGGCUGUGUACAGGAACAUUGACGUGAUCAAGAGUGGAGGUGUAGAGAUGCGUGGCUUGAAGGCGACGCUAGCUCCAAAGCGUUCGGGAUCUCAGGCUCCACCGACGCUUGAGAAAUAUGUCUUCGUUCCGAAUUUCAACGAAAAGGAACUGGCAGAGGGUGGAGAGAAAUCGAGAUUCCGGUCGAUUUCCACAGCAGUUCACAUGGCUAUUGAAAAUAGCGCUGGUGCGCUGAAGAUUAAGGUAGCCGAGGCGUGCUUCCAGCGAGCUCCGGAAAAUACCAUGGCUGCUACAGUUCAGUCAGUCAUUGAAAGCGAACCAACGCUGGUAAGUGACGUGGCGGUUGUCACCAACUACCAGCCUGAAUCUCUUACGCAGCACUUUGGCGACAAUGGUGUCCGUGUAGUGGUAAAAGAUGCUACUGCUGGACCCAUUGAACAGGGUUGUCACUUUGUAGUCUCCUACGAUAUUCUUGGUCGCCCUGAUGGUCAAACGGUACUUAGCAAUCUUCGCGAAUCAAUUCGAGAUGACGGUUUCCUGUUCUUGGAAGAAUCUCGCACCAACUUUGAUGCCACUAAAAAAGGAAAGACUCUGUUCGAUUCGUUGAACCUGACGACCGUAACGUACCAAUACUUCGACAAAAAGGUGUUCGUACUACUCCGUCCAACCGUCAAAUACGAGCUGCGCAAGAGCACCGUCAUCCAGGUUACCGAAAAGAACUUCACAUGGGUGGAGCCAAUGAAGACAGCUCUGGCGAAGGCCGAAGAAACCAACACCUUUGUGUACCUUGUUUGCCAGGGUGAGGAACUGUUUGGCGCUCAAGGUUUCAUUAAUUGUAUCAAAAACGAAACUGGUGGCAAAUUCGCCCGGAUGGUCUUUAUUCAGGACAAACGAGCGGAGAAGUUCUCUCUGACCGGGAAGUCCUACGUUGAUCAGCUGAGAAAGGAUCUGAUUUGUAAUGUAAUGAUCGCGAGUGGUGUUUGGGGUAGCUUCCGUCAUCUGAGACUGGACAACCAAACCAACGGAACGUCACUGCAGGUUGAGCAUGCGUACGUUAAUGCUCUGACAAAGGGCGACUUGGCGAGCUUGAAGUGGAUCGAGGGACCUCUGUCGCGCGACAGACCUGAUCCGAAGGAUAAGAAACAGCAAUUAUGCACCGUCUACUAUGCUCCAAUCAACUUCCGUGACGUCAUGCUGAUGUCUGGAAAGCUGGGUGUGGAUGCCUUGCCCGGAGAUCUACCUACACAGGAUUGCAUUCUGGGAUUGGAGUUCUCUGGUCGUGAUUCUGCCGGUCAUCGCAUAAUGGCUAUGGUUCCGGCUAAAUCAUUGGCAACCACAUGUGUAGCCCACCGGAACAUGAUGUGGGAGAUUCCGGAUGAUUGGACAAUGGAGCAAGCAUCCACCGUUCCCUGCGUAUAUUCCACGGUUUACUACGCGUUGGUUGUGCGUGGUCGCAUGAAGCGUGGUGAAUCUAUUUUGAUCCACGCCGGUUCCGGAGGUGUGGGACAGGCUGCAAUCUCCGUAGCUCUUGCUGCAGGGCUGACAGUCUUCACCACUGUCGGCAGUAAGGAAAAGCGUGAGUUCCUGAAGCGUACCUUCCCGAAGUUGCAAGACACCCACAUUGGUAACUCCCGAGAUUGUUCGUUUGAGCAGAUGGUUAUGCGUGAGACGCAAGGUCGUGGUGUUGAUUUGGUACUGAACUCGUUGUCCGAUGAGAAACUACAGGCUUCGGUACGAUGCCUGGGAUUGAAUGGGCGAUUCUUGGAAAUUGGCAAGUUCGAUUUGAGUAAUAACAGUCCAUUGGGUAUGUCGGUGUUCCUGAAGAAUACAUCGUUCCACGGAAUUCUGGUUGACAGCAUAAUGGACGGCGAUGAUGACGUACUUGCCGAAGUGGUGCGAUUGGUGUCGGAGGGUAUCAAGACCGGUGCGGUUCGCCCACUGCCAACUAGCGUGUUUGGCGAUCAGCAAGUAGAACAAGCCUUCCGAUUUAUGGCUUCCGGUAAGCACAUCGGAAAAGUGGUCCUCAAGAUCCGAGACGAAGAGAAGUCAAAGGUUGUCGUUCCGUCACCGAAGCAGAUUUCGGCCAUCCCUCGCACUUACAUGCACAAGGAAAAGAGCUACAUCUUGAUCGGUGGAUUGGGAGGGUUCGGUCUUGAACUAGCAAACUGGAUGGUCUUCCGCGGAGCAACGAAGAUCGUUUUGACAUCUCGUAGCGGAGUCCGUACCGGAUACCAAGCGCUGAUGAUUAAGCGGUGGACCGAGCGUGGCGUGAAGGUUUCGAUCGACACGAAUGAUGUGACGACACUGAAGGGAGCGCAGAAGCUGUUGCAGGCAGCUAAUAAGCUGGGACCGGUUGGCGGUGUGUUCAAUUUGGCAGCUGUGCUUCGGGAUGGCCUGUUGGAGAAUGCCACCGAAGCUGACUUUAAGACUGUUUGUGUGCCUAAGAUUGACGGAACGAAGAACUUGGAUCAAGCUACCCGAGAAUUGUGUCCGGAUUUGGAUUACUUUGUGUGCUUCUCUAGCGUUUCUUGCGGUAGAGGAAACAUCGGUCAGGUGAACUACGGUUUGGCUAAUUCAGCUAUGGAGCGUAUUUGCGAAGCACGGCAGGCAGUUGGUUUGCCAGGAACUGCAAUUCAGUGGGGUGCUAUUGGAGACACUGGAUUGGUGCUGGAGAACUUGGGUGAUAACGAUACAGUCGUGGGCGGAACCCUGCCACAGAGAAUGCCAUCCUGUCUGCAAACAAUGGACUUCUUCAUGCAACAACCUUGUCCGGUGUUGGCUUCGAUGGUUGUGGCAGAGAAACGAAAGGCUGAAACCGGUGGUGUUGGACUGGUAAGCUGUGUUGCCAACAUCCUUGGUCUAAAGGACACCAAGAACGUGUCAGACUCGGCUACUCUGGCCGACCUUGGUAUGGACUCUCUGAUGGGCGCUGAAAUUAAACAAACUCUUGAACGGAACUUCGAUACCGUCUUGAGCGCAGCGGAAAUUCGUAUGCUCACAUUCGGUCGCCUGAAAGCUCUGGAAAGUGGUGGCGCUGAUGCACCUGGAACUCCUGCUCCUCCAACGGCUGCUUCACCUGAACCACAGCAACAGGACCAGAGCGGUCUUGGAGAUGGAACUCAGGUCAGAUUCAGUGCAGAUCUCAUGCCAACGGAAUGUCUAGUUCGGUUGGAAUCGAAAACCUCCGCCACCAGCAAGGACCGUCCAGUGUUUAUGGUGCACGCCAUCGAAGGUGUCAUCACGUCUCUGAUUCCUCUGGCACAAACCCUCCCAGUUCCUGUCUAUGGUCUCCAGUGUGUGGCUGAAGCUCCGCUGCAAUCUUUGGAAACCUUAGCUGAUUACUACAUCAAGCAAAUGCGAACGGUGCAACCGAAGGGUCCUUAUACCAUCGUAGGUUACUCGUUCGGUGCUUCAGUUGCAUACGAAAUGGUCGCCCAGUUGGAGAAUGCCAAAGAAACGUGCCGGUUACUAAUGCUGGACGGUUCGCCACGGUAUAUCGCCGGCUACACGGAUGCCCAAAAGCAGCGCAUCGACAAUGGAGAAGCUCUGCAGGCGGAAGAUGAAGCUUACGCGCUAGCAUUCUUCGCCAUGGUGUGCGGUAAGCUGGAUUACACCAAGACUGCCCAGGAGCUGAUUGCUCCGAAAACGUGGGAAGCUCGAGUGCAAAAGUGCGCCGAAAUGGUUCGCGUGCGGACACCACAAUACUCACAAAAAUUGCUUGAAACGGCAGCGGAGUCGUUUGUGCACAAAAUUGUCGCCGGCCAUCUGUACAAACCUACUUCCAAGAUCAGCGCCCCGGUGAAACUGGUGAAACCUACCGAAAACUAUGCCAAACUGCAAGGCGACUACGGUCUAUCAGAGCUCUGCACGAAGGAUGUGAAAGUAACGACAGUGAAAGGCGACCAUCGAUCCAUGCUGGCGGGUGACUCGAUGUUAGUAAUCUCCAAACUUCUCCACGAGCUGCUGUAAAGGGUGCGUUUAGCGGAUCAGCCAUCUCUCAUAUGCAUUACAAUACAACAUUAAACACACAUCCAUCGGUGUCCGAUACAACACACAUCCACACACGUCCUAGCAGCACUUCGGAUGAGUGAGAGUCAGAAGAAAAUCGUAAUUUAUUUUCGUUCUUUUGUGUAUAGUUCAAAUUUACUUCCCCCUCUUUUUUAUAUUAAUUUAGCAUAAGACGGUUUGCAUUGGGCAAAAAGCUAGAUUGGCACUUUUAACACAAGCGUGAUUUAUAUAAGCUAGUAGGAUGCAGUUCAAAGAAUACUGACACUAGACGUCUGAGCCAGGUCCAAGGUCAGGGGUAGUGCCACUAUUCUUUGCUGUAGGUAAUUGACUUUUGACAAUUUGUAAAGUAAAAAAGUGAUAGUGAUCGCAUGUUAGUGAUUAGUUGCCUUCUUUCUGGGAAGCAGAAACUUCAACAUGAACAUUUAAAAUCCUGAUCUGUUUAUAAAAAAAAAAUAAUGUUAGUUGCAUAGCAGAGAACAUUCCACUCCUAGAGUAUCUAUUUUUUCUUCUUUAACAUAAUACUUUGUCUAUUAAGUAGGUUUUAGUCAGCAGAUGGGAUUAUAUUCCUUGCAAAUAUUUGAAAAUUACUUGUAAAAACAAAACACCCAAAAACUAAUUGUUUUACAUCACAAAAAUAAAUGACAAAAUAAAUCAAAGGGAAAUAUCAACCAUGUGUACCAAAUUAUUCUGUCUUCGACGACUUUAUGAAACGUAAACACAGUUUUACAUAACAGGGGCAUCCAGGUUUAGUAUGUAAGGACCAUACAACAUAAUUCAAAAGUAACUCUACAACUCACUAACAAAAACCAAGCAUCAUAUUUACGUGAUUAAACAAAGAACAGAUACUCAAAAGAUCACUCCACUCAGUUAGUGUUGCUGUGUAUUCACACGAACUUAAAUGUUUUCUGCACAACUUUUACCGUGAGAUGGUAUUUGCACAAUGAAAACCCUAACUAAUCGAAGCACCAAUAUAACUAACAGCUAGCUGAUAACUACUAAUGUGAAUGUCUGACAAGGAAGAAAAUUAUUUGUACCUAACGCUACGAAAA